CUGCCCCGUCACGAUGCUCCGAAGAAGCCUGCAGGCACCCAGGCCCGACGAGCCUUAUCUGACUGAAGGCCAUGAUGUGAUCCCUAAGAUCGAAGAAGCUCUUGGGCGAAAUAAGGGCAAGGGCGAUAUGCUGCGUAUAAUGGCCAUGGAUAUCGGAGAGGCCUGGUUUAAUAAGGAUGAUGCCAGCCGCGUCAGGAUGGCGAUCUUUGGUUGCGAGAUCCUCCUGCUUAUAUGGAGGGAGAGGGGGUUCCUCAGGGCCCUUAACCUGGCGGCUUGCAUGACGAGUGGCUCAAGGAUAUCCGGUGGCAGGCCAAGGAGGUACUGGAGAAGACCGAGAACCUGUGACAGACAGACCAGGCUGGUCAUGGUCUUGGACCACGAGAGCGCGACUGCGCGAUGUGGAUGGAAGCGGGGUAAUCGCGGGGUUUGGAGGAAAAAUGUAUUGAGUUUUGUGUGAGUUUAGUU